CUUCCCAGCAAAGUGAUAUAUAAGAAGAAGCAUAUCACAUUAAUUAUCUCCAUCAGUGUGUAUGUUACUAUCCCAUAACUGUUGAUUAUUCUUGACAAAAACACUUGUUAUUGAUCUACAGUAUUUAUGAGACUCUAAAUACGGAGUACUAACAGCUCCGUUGCGCGUUGCUGAUCUCACGACGAAUUACCCACUGCACUUCUCCAACACCCCAAUCAGUUCAUCAUGGGUGCUGUUGAUAUUCCGAAGCUCCGGUUCACGCCUGUGGAUGAGAUCCCAGAACGUGUUAGGCGCCUCCGGACGACUUUCUUUCAGCAGAAGACCAGACCAAUUGAUUUUAGAAUCUUGCAGCUCCGGAAACUAUAUUGGGCUAUCAAGGACCGUGAACGUGCAAUUAAAGAGGCGCUUCACCGCGACCUGGGAAAAGCCGAAUAUGAAUCGUAUCUGACAGAAAUCACUAUGUUGGAAAAUGAUAUCAUUUUCUGCACCAAGAAUUUACCGAAAUGGGCUAAGGACGAGAAAGCGCCCGAUAUCGAUCUGACUUAUUCGCUGAUGAAGCCCACAAUCAGAAAGGACCCGUUGGGAUGUGUGCUGAUUAUUGGAGCAUUCAAUUUCCCUUUUCUACUUACCCUUGGUCCCGUCAUCGGUGCUAUCGCUGCUGGAAACACGGUUAUGAUUAAGCCCAGUGAAACUGCGGCCAACUCUGCCGCUGUAAUUCAGGAUAUCAUCGAAGCUACCUUCGAUCCAUCUUUUGUAUGCAUGACUCAAGGAGGAGUUGAAGAGACAAAGACCUUGCUCUCACAGAAGUGGGAUAAGAUCUGCUUCACUGGCAGCAGCAAAGUGGGUCGUAUUGUCGCCCAAGCAGCCGCUCCCAAUCUUACGCCUGUUCUCCUGGAGCUUGGCGGCCGUAACCCUGCUUUCAUCACCAAGAACGCGGACCUUAGGCUGGCUGCACGACGUCUUCUGUGGGGCAAAACAUUGAAUGCUGGUCAAGUCUGUACGUCGCAGAACUACAUUCUCGCUGACAAGGAGGUCGUGCCGAGACUCGUCGAUGAGUUUGCGAAGGCUUUGAAGGAAUACUAUCCACAGGGUCUUAAGGCGUCUCCAGACUAUUCUCGGAUGAUCAACGAGGCCGCAUUCCAUCGUGUCAAAGCCAUGAUUGAUAACAGCAAAGGCAAGAUACUGCUUGGAGGUACAAUGGAUGAAGCGGAGAAAUUCAUCGAGCCGACUGUAGUCCAGGUUGACUCUGUCGAGGAUUCUCUGCUAACUGAAGAAAGCUUCGGCCCAAUCAUUCCCAUUCUACCAGUUGAAAACUUGGACGAGGCCAUUAAAAUCGCAAAUGAAAUCGACAGUACUCCGUUGGGUCUCUAUCCCUUUGGAACUAAGCAAGAGGUUGAAAAAGUCCUUACCGCUGUUCGCUCUGGGGGAGCUUCCAUAAAUGACGCAUUCAUGCACAUUAGCGUUCCAACAUUGCCAUUCGGCGGAGUUGGCGAGAGCGGAACUGGCUGCUAUCAUGGCCGCAGCAGUUUUGAGGCAUUCGUCCACCGUCGUUCGAUCACCACUACUCCAGGUUGGGUGGAACGCGUCUUGGCUAUUCGCUAUCCGCCAUAUUCUGGCAAGCUUAGCAAGUUCUUGGGGGCUGGAGCCAUGAGACCAAAUUUUGACCGCAGCGGCCGGGAGAAGCGUGGCAUGUUAGGCUGGCUGGUUUGGAUGGUUACCUUGGGUGGUGGAGCAACUAAGUCUGGUGCUGCGAGAAGUACCGCAGCUGCUCUCGUUGCAUAUGGUCUUCAGCAAUAUGCCAAGCGAGCGUCAAAGCUCUGAAUUGAUGUAUUAUCAUAUUGCAUCGCGACAACUAGAACGAGGACUCGAGACAGAGAUACCUAGUGGAACUGGCCAUCAUUUUUGUAUAAAUUCUCUUUGAAUCGUGUUUGCCCUUUUGGGAUAUUCUAUCAGAGGAUCUUUACUCGGCAUUCGCACGCGUGAUCUAUUUGUUUUCACAGUACUCCAUAUAUUGUAUUGAUAACCUUAGUGAACAUUUUAGUCGUGGGU